AUGUCUGUACCUUUAAUGACCAACGAGGUGCCCGAAUAUUCGGAGCAUUCAAAUACCGAAAAGUCGCCAAGGUAUACGGCUCCAAGCGAACCAUUACCGCAAUAUGAACCUUCUCUCGAGUAUUACGGGUUAUCACUAAUCAAAACGGAGUUUUCGAGUCCGUAUCACUACAAUACUGGAAACAGAUCAUGGAAGCCUGUGUUGCUAGAAAUAAAUUCUACCCAGUUGAAUAUUUAUGACUUAAAGGUUGAAAAAAAAGUGUUAGAGCUUAUCGUGGCCUUAUAUAAUGACUCAAACCAUUUGAACGACGUGAUGCAAAUAAUACAAAAUGAAAAGAUGACUAACGAAGGAGAUGAUGAUUUGGACGAAAUGUGGAACGAUGCAUAUCAGGGAGAAGUAGAUGACUUGAAACAAUCUACGUCAAGCAAGUGGAAGAGUCUGUGGCACAAAUCAAAAUACAACAAGGUUUUGAAUAAGGGAAUUUCUCAAUACUAUGAGCUUAUCAAGGACAAUCGAAUGCUUUUUGAGCCAACUAAAUCGUCUUCUGAAUAUAACAUAUUCAGAUCAAAAUUUCAAGGAAUACAAAUUGCAUCAUACACUUUAAACAACCUGUACGUAGGUGAGGCACCAUCUUUAAAUCAUUUAAUAUCCUCCAUGUACAAGGAAGACAAGAGUCACAUAAACAAGCAUAACAUUUCUACAUUAGUGAAAUAUAAGAAUACCUUGAGAGUCCGAAUUGAAUUAAAACAAAUGCUCUUGCAAUUCUGGUCGUUCUAUGGAAUGGUCCAUUGGUUCAGAGCUUUAAGUAUUGCAAAAGAUUUGAGUUCUGCCUUGGAGGAUAGAACCGUGACAAAAUUAAAGAGUAUUCCAUCGCGUAAUAGCCGUAAUGACAACUUGUUAGCUGCUACAGAAGCGGCAGCGAUGCUCGGUGCGGCAUCUGAAGAUGGUGGUGAUGUAACAUAUUUUACUAAUCCCUUCAGUUCUCAGUCACCAAAGCAUAUAAUACUGGGAAACAGUGACCGUGACGAUUCUGCACAGUUAUCGAUCGUGUCUCUGGGCUCUAAUACCCCAAAUUCUGUCUUUUCAAAUGAAAGACGUGAAUCUGUAGGUUCUACAGCUUCUGAUAUUUAUUCCUCUUCCACGGUACCGAACAACAGAUAUAACAAAAAUGUCAACAAGUUUAGCCUUGUGUCUUAUGAUAAAGUAUUUGCUACAACUGUCGAAAAACAAUACAUUUCAAACUGCAUUCCUGAUUUAAACUCUUUCGACAAAUGGUGUGGAUUGGAUGUCACCAUAACUAAUUACAAGCAAUACCUUAGCCCUAGUCAAUUGGACGCGUCUUCCAAGGAUAUUUUUAUUUCAUCGUCAGCUUUAGACAAUACAUCAUGGGGCUUUAGCAAGGUGCUAAAGAAGUCACAUCAACAAUCCAACUACAGCAAAAGCUUUGUUAUUGACCAGAAAGGUUUAGUAAGCCUUGCACAUUAG